UCAACUUUCAAUUAAUAUUUGAAAAUCAUGUCCAGGACCCUAAAAUUUGCAUAUAUAAAAAAGUAACACGAUGCAUAUAAAUAGCGGGUGCUUCUUGUAUCAAAAUCAUUCCCAUCACCUGAAGGCUGAAAUUCCUCUAGACCCUUCUUGUUCCCUAAUCUACUUUCUUCUUUUCACCUUUGCACCCAAAACUAUUUUCACUUUCAUAAUAAUCAAUCAUGGAUUCCCAUCAAGAUGAUCAACAACUAAAACAAAGAAGUACCAAAUCACAACAAAAUGAACCUCUUCUACAAGAACAAUACAACAAAUCUGAUCAGGAUACAAAAAUGGACAAAAACACCAAAUCAAUACGAAAACAAAAAGCCAAGCAAGGGCUUAGGUCCUUAACAAUAGCUUUAUCCAUACCACUUUUGUUGACACUUUUGGAUAUAUUUCUUUUUGGUUCAAGUUACCAAUACGUUUCAAUGAAAAAACCUUUUUGGUUCCCGCGUUUAUGGGCUUUACACUUGGCAUGCUUGGGUUCUUCUUUUCUUAUGGGACUUUCAGCUUGGCUUGUUUGGGCUGAAGGUGGGUUUCAUAGGCAACCUAUGGCUAUGCUUUUAUAUUUGGGACAGCUGGGCUUGAGUUUGGCUUGGGAUCCUGUUGUGUUUAAAGCAGGAGCUACUAGAGUUGGGUUGGUGUUGUGUAUGGCUUUGUUUGGUGUGUUGAUUGCUUGUGUUAAGGCUUUUAAAAAUGUGAAUCCUAUUGCUGGGAAUUUGGUUAAACCUUGUCUUGGAUGGGCUGUGCUUUUGAGUUUAGCAAAUCUUAAGCUUGUAUACCCUUAGGAAUUGUGUAGUAGUUGAUAUGUGCACUUGUUCUUUUGGCGUAUGAUGUUUGUGUACUGUAAUUUACAUGUGUUACUGUUCUAUAUUUCACAUCCUAAACUGUGUUCAAUAUAUAGAGUUUUUAAUUGCA